AUGAAAAAUAUGACGGAAAUCACCGUGUUUAUACUACUGGGAUUCACAGAAGAUUCUGACAUGAACAUAUUCUUAUUUAUAUUAUUUUUUGCAAUAUAUGUUGUAACUCUGAUUGGAAAUCUGGGAUUGGUCGUAUUGGUCAUUGAGGAUUCUCGGCUCCAUCACCCCAUGUACUAUUUUCUUACUGUUUUGUCAUUCUUGUUGGAUGCCUGCUUUUCUACAGUAUUGACGCCCAAAAUGUUGGUCAAUUUUCUCUCUAAAAAUAAAUCUAUUUCAUUUGUCAUUGUCGGUUGUGAAACACAGAUGCUUCUCUUUGUUACAUUUGGAACCACAGAAUGCUUCCUUUUGGCAGCAAUGGCUUAUGACCGUUACUUGGCAAUCUGCAGCCCACUUCUGUAUGCAGUGAGGAUGUCACCCAGAGUCUAUGUGCCACUCAUUGUUGCUUCAUAUACUGGUGGAAUUUUACAUGCUACUAUACACACAGUGGCUACUUUUAGUCUUUCUUUCUGUGGAUCCAAUGAAAUUAGGCAUGUCUUCUGUGAUAUUCCUCCAUUGCUUGCACUUUCUUGUUCUGACACCCACUUAAAUCAACUUCUGCUCUUCUACUGUGCAGGCUCCAUUGAGCUAGUCACCAUCUUCAUUGUCCUGGUCUCUUACGGUUUUAUUCUGUUAGCCAUUCUGAAGAUUAAUUCAGCUGAAGGGAGGAGGAAGGUAUUUUCUACAUGUGGAGCUCACCUAACAGGUGUGUCUUUUUAUGGGACAAUUCUCUUCAUGUAUGUGAGACCAAGUUCUAACUAUACCCUUGAACAUGACAUGGUAGUGUCCACAUUUUACACCAUUGUGAUUCCCAUGCUGAAUCCCAUCAUCUACAGUCUGAGAAAUAAAGAUGUAAAAGAGGCAAUGAGAAAGUUACUCAAGAGAAAAUUGCUUCAUGAAUAA